UGCGAGGAUGUCGUCCAGGGAAGAUAGUUCAGAUGACAGAGGCAGAGGUCCGGGGCCUCUGCAUCAAAUCCAGGGAGAUCUUCCUCAGCCAGCCCAUCCUGCUGGAGCUUGAGGCGCCCCUGAAGAUUUGUGGUGACAUCCACGGGCAGUACACAGAUCUUCUCAGGCUGUUUGAGUACGGGGGCUUCCCUCCAGAAGCAAACUACCUUUUCUUGGGCGAUUACGUGGACAGAGGGAAGCAGUCUCUAGAAACCAUCUGCCUUUUGCUGGCCUACAAGAUCAAAUACCCAGAGAACUUCUUCCUGCUCAGAGGCAACCAUGAAUGUGCCUCAAUCAACCGCAUAUAUGGCUUUUAUGAUGAGUGCAAGCGAAGGUUCAACAUUAAACUAUGGAAGACUUUCACCGACUGCUUCAACUGCCUCCCCAUUGCUGCUAUUAUUGAUGAGAAGAUCUUCUGCUGCCACGGAGGGCUUUCUCCUGAUUUGCAGUCCAUGGAGCAGAUCCGCAGGAUCAUGAGGCCAACAGACGUCCCAGAUACAGGCCUGCUGUGCGACUUGUUGUGGUCAGAUCCUGAUAAGGAUGUGCAGGGCUGGGGGGAGAACGACCGUGGGGUCUCCUUCACAUUUGGGGCCGAUGUGGUCAGCAAGUUCCUAAACCGGCACGACCUGGACCUCAUCUGCAGAGCCCACCAGGUUGUGGAGGAUGGAUACGAGUUCUUUGCCAAACGCCAACUGGUCACACUGUUCUCUGCUCCAAACUACUGCGGGGAGUUUGAUAAUGCAGGCGGCAUGAUGAGUGUGGACGAAUCCCUCAUGUGCUCCUUCCAGAUCCUGAAGCCCUCAGAGAAAAAGGCCAAGUACCAGUACGGUGGCGUCAAUUCUGGUCGGCCUGUCACCCCACCCCGCACCACCCAAGCCCCCAAGAAGAGGUGAACACACAGCUGCGGCUCCGCCUCCCCUCUCCUCCUCAUCUUGUCCAUUCCUGGUCUGCCAUCACGGCAACCCCCUGUAAGCCUGUUCAGAGUGAAGAGACGAGGCUUAUCUGAGUGUC